AUGGUAGAGAACAUGACGCCAGUAAUCGACAAUGACGUCAGAUGUGACGCCAGGUACGAGGAGAGGUACAGACAUGAUCAUGAUAUGGACUACCUUAACGAGGCGAUGCCAGACCUGCACGGGGCGGAAGUGAGCCGCUACUGCGCAGCGUGCGGCGGACGGAUCGACGACCGCUACUUCCUGAUGGCCGCGGACAAGCACUGGCACGUUUCCUGCCUCACGUGUGUGGACUGUAAACUCAACAUGGACAACGAGCUCACGUGCUUCGUGCGCGACGGAAACGUCUACUGCAAGGAGGACUAUUACAGGAGAUAUUCCAUCAAGUGUUGUGCAAAGUGCCAUUUGGGUAUCGCGGCUAACGAGAUGGUGAUGAGAGCACGUGACUUCGUGUAUCACGUGACUUGUUUCACGUGUUGUAUGUGCAAUAAAACCCUACUUCCGGGGGACUAUUUCGGUAUGAGGGACGGUGUGAUAUACUGCCGUGAGGACUAUGAAGGAUUUAUCCAGGGUAUGUCACCGGGACCGGGAAUUCAGACCGGGAGUCCAGGAGUUUUAGGGGCGCCGCCUAUGGAUAACAUUCCUUAUUAUCCAGAAACUAAACGUACACAAAAAGGUCGGCCUAGAAAAAGAAAAAUCGCAACCCCAGAUAAUAAUAAUGGAUAUAGACAAUUAGGUUACAUGACCGGCGACCCGGAAGGUCGAGGGGACGGUGGGCCUCUUGUAGGACCGGACGGGUACCUGACGGCAGGUGGCGGACAGCCCCGACAGAAGCGCGUGCGGACGUCGUUCAAGCAUCAUCAGCUGCGGGCCAUGAAGUCAUACUUUCAGCUUAACCAUAACCCGGACGCCAAGGACCUCAAACAGCUCGCGCAGAAAACGGGGCUCUCAAAGAGGGUACUACAGGUUUGGUUCCAAAACGCACGUGCAAAAUACAGACGACACGUUCUGAAGCAAGAGCAGUCUAAAGCCGACGGUCAGGGCGGGGCCGAGGUUGAAUUCCGAUUGAGUGACGACGAGAAAGCAGACGACAAAACGUAUGCGGACCUGAGCAACAAUAGUUCCUCGUCAAUCUCGGAUUUGUCUGACAUCCCACCUUCCGGACUUCCGGAAUACGAGCAACCGACUUCCGGUCUCUCAGAACUGUUUUCAAACACGAUUUCAGCUAUUAAUUGA